GCCGGAGCCGGAUCCCAGGGCCAUGGAGCCCGACCUGUCGCUGCAGCUCCUAGCGCGGGUGUCCGCGGGCGCGCCCGGCGUCCGCUGGAAGCUGGAAGCGUACUUCCAGAGCCGGAGCUCCGGCGGCGGGGAGUGCACCGUCCGGCCUUGGAACCCUAGGGAGCCCGACACUUUCCUGGUGCAGUUCAGAGAAAGGGCAGCCAAGGAGGGAGUGCUGAAAAAAGGAAAGCAUGAAAUUCAGGUUUAUGGCAAACCUGUGACCAUUUCCCUGGAAACUCCUGAGAAUCUAACAGAGAAGAACCCGAGAUCCAAGAUUUCUUCAAGGGCCCAGUCCCAAAAGGAGGCCCAGUCUGAUGCAAAGCACUCACGUGAAGGUCCUGUUCCUAAUGCUGUGGACCCCUGUGUCCAAAAGAUCUUCUUCACUGUAACAGCUGAUCUGAACUGUGACCUGCUCUCCAAAGAGCAGAGGUCACAGGUAGCCACUGUCUUCCCCGGUAUCAAAAAGGUGGAGGGUCCCAAUGGAAUUGAGAGCGUCUGUGGUGACUUCGAAGAUAUUAAAAAAAUACACCAAUUCUUGAGUAUGCAGCUGCUGGAAGGAGAGCAGAAACAGGAGUCCUCCCCUUCCACCAUAGAGAGGAAGCUGCCUGGCCCGCAUGACUGCGACAGAAGAUUUUCUCCUUCGGAAUCCAAAACCAGGUCAGAAGAAAAAGACAGCCCUUUUAAAGUUCCCUCGUCUCUCUUUGAAUACUUCAAAUAUACUUGUCCUGAUAAAAUAGAUUGGAUUGAGAAGAGGUUUGGUGUAAACAUCAAAAUUCAAGAGAGUUCUUCCAGUAUGGUCUAUGUACUCUUCACCUGCGGUGAAUCGGGUGACUUAGAAGCAGCUCGAGAGUCUUUUGUCAGUGAGUUUCAAAAGAAAACAGAAUCUCUGAAGCAAGAGUGUGUCCCUGUAGAGGACAGGAAGCAGGCACAUGAAAUCAAACAAAAACUGAGCCACUGUUUUCCAAAGCUCCUCAUAAAGGAGCACAGAGAAGGGCUAACUCUCCUCGGAACCGUAGACGACAUCACAGCUGCCAAACAAACAAUAUCAGAAGGUUUUGUCAAGGUGCCUGUGAAAAUCGUGGCUCCCAGUUCCAUGAUGAAUGCAGUUGAGAUUGAUACUGCUCAUUAUAAGCUUCUCAAAGCUGAAUUACUCCAGGAGAUAGCAGAGACAGAGCAGAGGUACAACACUUGCAGUAAGGUUUGGGAGAAAAAUCAGAAAACCUGCAUUCGAUUUGAUCCUAAGAACAAGGAGGUAGAUCUGUCUGUGCAUGCUUAUGCAAGCUUCACUGAUGCCCUUCAACGUGCUUCAUGCCUGCUGAUGAGCGAAGUCCUUCUACUGAAAGAUUUGGUCACGGAGACAAAGCACUUGCGCGGGGCCAAGUUUGCCAGUGACUUUAGAAGAAAGCAUCCAGAUGUACAUUUUGCCCUGGAUCAAGAGUCGAUGACUUUGACCGGCUUGCCAAAUUGCCUUGCACGGGCCAAGCAGUUCGUCUUACAGAAAGGAAGACUGUUGCCAUCGGCUGGAGAGAAACCAAACAAUGAUGGUGAGACCCUCACAGGCGUUGAUAGGAGCAACUCCAAAGCAGCUGCGCCUCUACUCAAGGACUCUGCAAGUUCUGUGAGCUCAGAAAUAGAUAAAAAGGAAACAGACACGUGUAGCAUCUGCAUGGAUACCAUUAGUAACAAAUAUGUGCUUGAAAAGUGCAAGCAUGAAUUCUGUACCCCUUGUAUCAAGAAAUCCAUGUCAUAUAAGCCAGUCUGUCCUGUGUGUCAGACUCCUUACGGUGUCCAGACAGGGAAUCAGCCAGAUGGAACCAUGACUCAUAGCCUGAUAAAAACGUCACUUCCGGGUUAUGAAUCCUAUAACACCAUUGUGAUUAAAUAUUACAUGAACGGAGGCACGCAAACGAAAGAGCACCCCAACCCAGGACGGCACUAUCCUGGAACAGUGCGAACGGCAUACUUACCUGAUAAUAAGGAAGGGCAGGAGGUUUUGAAACUACUUGAGGUAGCCUUUAAACGCAAGCUCAUUUUCACAGUGGGAUACUCUCGAGUACAAGGUAUCUCAGAUGUCAUUACAUGGAAUGACAUCCACCACAAAACAUCCCUGUCUGGAGGACCGUCAAAUUAUGGCUACCCUGAUCCUGAUUACCUGCAACGUGUUAAGGAAGAGCUGAAAGCAAAAGGAAUUGAAUAAAGCCAAAAAACCCCCCAAAAAACUAAAAAAACAAAACAAAAAAAAACCCACUAGAAGAAUGUCUUAACAAAGCUUUAUAAAGAUAUGUUUGAGGAGUUGAUGCCAAUAAAAAUCCUUCUCUAGCAAUGCCUUUUAAAAACUUCAUCUCAAGAAGUGGUUGAUAUAAGAAUAGAAAUCUGCUUGUUUGUCAUUUCUAGAGUGUUGCUUUUUUAUGGUAAAUAAAAACCCCAAGAACUGUAUAACUGUG